AUGACGAGGCUUCAUUCACCGACUCUGCUUCAUAUUGCUUUGAUUAUCCAGGUAGCAAUCUAUGGUACGUUUGAUCUUCGUACAGAACUUUAAACAAUAUUACCUCAGCUAUUUUGCUUUUUUAAAUCCCUUAUUUAAAUUAAUUGUUUUUUAAAUAAAAUUUCACAAUUCAGUUUUAUGAAAAAUUCCGACAUGCAGUUGCAAUAGUUUUACUACAAUGACAUGUCACGAGCAUUACCAAGCACAAAAGAAUGAGUUCGAUUAAUCGCAAUUCUACUUUCAGCUCGCACAGAAGAACCCCCUAUGUACAAAAUAUGCAAAGGUGAAAAUAUUGAAUGCACUUCAGUGAUCUACGGUGCGGAAGACGCCAGUAAGGGCUCAAACUGUCGUGAGAAAUGCAGAGAACAAAGCGGUAUGCACUUGAUUGGCAAACGAAUAUGCUCUACUCCAAUUUCACCAUCGAACGGAUCGCUUCUCUGUUUACGCUUGCCCGACAUUAAUUUCUUUCCCUCUCUCUCUCUCUCUCUCCAGGAGACCUAACUCAGAAAACGACAGCCUACUUCUGUGAAGGGUCCGACAAGCCCUGCACCGCGUACGACGUCUUUGGACGAAAGGGCUACAGCAAAAACUACGACAGACAUGUGAUGUGUGUUCAGGCGUGCCAGUUGGUUGAAAGGAGUAAGUUCUACUGCCCCGUUUUUCAUCCAUUCAUGCGAUGCCGUCCUGUUAUAAUUUCAAAUGUAACCCUAUGUUGUCCGUCAUCAUCUGAGGAGGAUCUGCUUUUAGCGAACAGCAUCUUCCUGUGUCUGAUAUGGAAGUCAUAAUUCGGUUUUAGUUGAAAACAGUCCCGCGACGUCCUUCCAAGUGUGCAGGGAUGUUCGUAAUAAGUGCCUACAGAUUGAAAGGAGGGAGGGAACAUUCGAUGCCUACAGAAGCUGCACUUCUAAGUGCAAUGGUUGGACGACACGUAAGUCACAACAUAACUGCCUACAUUGUUGUUGUCUGCCAUUGUGUUUAAUGCAUUUGCUCUUUUAGUCAUCGCGCUCUCAUGGCCUGCUUUUUAUUUUAGUGGCAAGCAAGAAUGAACACACAGCAUACAUCUGUUCCGAAGGCGGCGACUGUCAAAAUGUGACAUACUUCACCACGCCGGGAGGAACAGCCUUUCGUCGUCUAAAAGAUUGUUUGGAGACUUGCAUGACAGGUGAUGUUUGGAAUGUAUUCUAUACAGGCAUGCGCAGUAACUAGAGGUCGGCAUAAGAAAACAAUGAUUAAAGCUAGGUCAAGCAGUUCCCUGAUGUCCGCCUGUAGUUAUAUCGGACGUGUGUUUUCCGGGGAAUCAAUGAGGACAAAAUAAAUUUCAUCAAUGUGUUAAAAUAGUGAAUACAUGUUUUAGGCAAUUCAUCCUCAGCUUACUGACUCUCUGCCUUCCGUGUAUGCAUUUGACCCCAAUGAUUAUUGCACGCUAGCUUAAGACCAUGAUGACAGGAGUGUGCAUUGACUUGUUUAGUUGUCAAUGAUAUUGAAGUAAAUCCUCCAAAACAGAAUUUUAUGGGCUUAGUCCGCAAGUUCAUAUGAAUAUUUCAGCUGAAAUUCAUCGACUGCUGCGGCAUAACUUCAUACAUUGCCAACAGGCAGGCUGCAGCAUACAAUGGUGUGAUUAUUUGCAAUAUUGACAACAUACAGUAGGCGGGCUAACUCGUGAAAUGUCAACCGAAAUUCCGAAAUGCGUUUUCGUUUUGAGAAGAUUGAUUGAGUAGGGUCGUAAAACUAGUCAACCUGCAACAAAAUUCUUUAAUAUUUCGGUUGCCUCGGAAUGCUGGCUUGCGAAUGAACUUCCUUCCAGUUGCAUGCAAAAACUAGACUACGCAAAAAAUGACUACUUAAAUAGCAUAAAUUCACAUUCAUUUGUUUUGCUCAUUUGACAGAACAUUACGUGUUCUUGUAAUUUUUUACUCGAAGGAGGGACAUAAUCCGGUUUUAAAAGUUUCUACUUUUGGGACUGUUAAAUCCCGUGAAAGGGUCGUUCAUAAAUUGUAAUACCAUUGCAUUUACCAAUGUGGAUUGUAAAGUUAACAAUAAGGAUCAAAUCCGUCGCUUAAUUUUAUCACCACUCUAUGGUCCCCUUUGAGUACCGUAAAGAAAUGUAUGGUUUUCCGUACGCGGAAAAUAUAUGCCUUGUAGAGCGGAAACCCUGAACCUAAGUGUGACGGUAGAGCGGCUUCAAAAUUAUUCGGGAAUUGGAAAACUUUUUUAUUGUGCCUGUAAUAAACAACGCUGUGCGGUUGCUGGCUGGCAUAACACAUGAAUAAAUGAAGGCAUCUUUUUGCUCCUGUUCUGUGAAAGCAAUGUGGAAGAUCCCUGCAACUUACGUAUUCGUUUUGUUGAAUGUGGAGUUUACGAGAGGUCACGAAAAGUGAAUUCAACAUCAAUAUCGCGACGACUCAGAAAUUUUUUGAAAUUAAGUCCCUUGAUAAAUAUUAAUACCGCUUACCUGGAUAAUCCUCCCUAAUCAAAAUGCAUUUUUGAAUUUUGGCUAAUAUUUCAUGAGAUCGGUAACUAAAGGUGGAUAUAUAUGUAGAUCAGAGGUAGUAUGCAUUGCUGGUUGAUAUAAUGAGAGAUGGAGAAGGUUUUUAUAUAUGUAAGCGCUCAAAGUUCGCGUUGUGAAAACCGUUCAUCUGUAGUUUCUCUCUUGGGCCCCACGGGCAGCCGCCCAUAGGCGACUACUAUAAGCAGGAUGACAAUGACGACAAAGAAAACGGAGACUAAAAUGGCCACUUCUGGUUUAUAAGCCGUGGUCAGCAAGUCAUAACCAACUGGUCGAGCGAUCGAGCAACGUAGGUUGCCUUUUUCGGUGUUGGUUGGGAUAGAGAGAGACCCCUAAGGCACAACGAAACGAGUGAGUCCCAUAACGUGAGUCGUGAGCGGUAUUCUAUGAGCACGCUCAGUAACCUGAUCGAUGAGCGCCCAUCUAACUUCCACACAUAUAUAUAUAUAUAUAUAUAUAUAUAUCAACAUGAGUGAAGAUUCGAGAUCCAGAUAGAUUAUCCCGUUCAUCAUCCCCAAAGGAAGACGAAGAAGAAAAAGAGGCGAUGCCAUAUAUAUAUAAAUCAGGUGAGCGCCCACUAUCAUAAUAUAUAUAUAUAUAUAUAUAUAAACGUGAAGCAAAGCGCCAUUAAGUAAGAGCUGGAACAGUGCAGUUGAACAAGGACAAUGGGCUUUUAUUCGCCGGUCAGGCACCGAGCAUUUUUUUCACCCUGACCGUCAUCUCCUCAUGGUUCGAUCUUCGUACAUAAUUCAUAGCAUCAGGCAUUCGGUCGUUAAGUUGUAAAAAAUAUAUAGCUUCAGGUAGUAAAACUCGCAAGCACUUACCCAACUGCUUCAUCAAUUGUUCUCCAGCAAACACACAAGAAAAAUCGACCUACGAAAUAUGCAGAGGCGAACAUACAGACUGCACAUCUGUGCUCUACAGCUCUGGAGAUGCAAGCAAGGGCUCAAGCUGUCGCAAGGGGUGUGCUGAACAACAAGGUCAGCAUUUCAUUAAAAUGCAUGGGCCUACGAACGUUUUGUUAAUCUGCUGCUCUCCGCCUGGCAAAACAUACGGCAUAAACCUCAAGCACUAUUUUUCCUCCAGGUGACCUAACCGAAAAAACGACAGCCUACUUUUGUGAAGGGUCCGACAAGCCGUGCACUGCGUACGACGUAUUUGGACGAAAGGGCUACGGCAAAAACUACGACAGACAUGUGAUGUGCGUUCAGGGGUGCCAGCUGGUCGAAAGGGGUAGGUCUCCCUGCCGAUCUUCACGAAUUCGUGCAAUGUCGUACCCUUAUAGCCUCGACUGUUACUCUAUGCUGACUGACAUCAUUUGAUGCUUUUUGGGAAGAAUUUAACUGCAUGCCUGACGCCAUGAUUUCUUUUUUAUUUUAGUGGAAAACAGCGCUGACACGUCCUUCCAAGUGUGCAGAGAUGUUCGCAAGAAAUGUCUUCAGAUUAAUAAGAGGGAGGGAACAUUUUCUGACUACAGGAAGUGUGUUUCCGUAUGCAAUGGCUGGGAAAAACGUGAGCCGGGAUAUUUUUAUCUUUGUUGUUUUAAUAUAUAUAUAUAUAUAUAUAUAUAGCAGCGAGGAGCGACGACAGAGAAUGCGGGUAGAUUGAUACAGCACUGUUUCGGGCUUAUUCUGCCUUCAUUCAGCCAAUCAUAACCCUGACCACCAGCAGCUGAGACCAGAAACACAAACAUGCGCACAGACGCACCUGGCGCAGUCGGUCCACCACUGAGGCCUACCAGAUGGGUCAUAAGCACUUCAUCGAACCGAAGUUCAUCAGUGCCUCGCCACCUGUCGCUCCUCGCUGUUAUUAUGACUUGGCCGACUUCGGCCUGGUAAUUGGUUGCCUGUUCGUGACCUUUGCCACACAUACGGAGCUUGUUUGCUUUGUGAAGCCAAUAGAUCGGUGUGCGCCCAUUCCUGAUUGAUAUAUAUAUAUAUAUAUAUUGGAAGAUGUGCAUUCCAAGAAACAUAAUUCGAAGACGAAUGAAUCCUUUGGGGGAACGAACAACUUUUAUUUCGUAAAUUUUCGUGUCUGUUUCCCUAGUUCGUCCUUAGACCUGUAGUAGGUGUAAAGAAACAGUCAAAAUUCAAACAUGCCCAAAAAUCGCCAAAAUCUACGGACUACCGAAAGUCCACAAACCCGACGUACCAUUGCGACCGAUAGUAUCAUUAAUCGGUUCACCAUAUUACAGGAUUUCUAAAUGGCUAUUCCAUAAACUUCUUCCCUUCACAAAUGAUUGUGAGAAUUCACGCCGAGCAUUUCACAGUUAAGUCAAUAUGAAUCGUUCAAAUUCUGCUAAAAUAUCUAACAUUUGAAAGAGGUAUAUAUUUAAUUAGCUAUUUAUUCAUCAAGAGAUUACGUUUACAUAGAGAAAACGAAAGUCACUUUUAUUAAAGAGUAGUUCUUUUUCUAAUGUGUGAGUAUUUUCAUUUCAUUUACAACCGUCCAUUGUUAAUCCGGAGCUGCGUUUCAUUUUUUCCGGUCACCUAAAAUUGUAGUAAGCAAAUAAACGGGGGCGCCUAGCUCUAACACAGUAGUGAAGAACAUACGUGUAUACUGGCUAGAUUUUGGGGUAAACUACUGCCGUUUGAAAUGCGGGACAUCUAGUAUCAUCGCUCCCUUUUGCACUGCCAAGUCUGUUUUCUAGAAGAUGUGUAUGCUAAAUCAAAUUGCCUCUGGCUUCCUGUUCUAACGCCACAGAGGGAAAGAUGCGUGAGUGAGAGGGUAGUUUGGUAGGUGAAUUUCUUGGCAUGUUUUAGCUUACGUAAACACCGCAAACGUAAGACGUCGUGGUCGUGCUUAGUCGCGGGCUUGUGUGAAUAAACGUGGAAUGUGUAGGCUUACGCGUGGUCUCUACCAUGUUGACUGUUUUGUGAAGAAGGCAGCUAUAAUUCUUCUCACGCCCUAGCUCGCCUCGACGCAGCAAUCUUGGAUCCUCAGGAGCUAAGAAGUUGCUGAUUGUUUUGUUCCCAGACGUUGUUUUCUUGAAUAGUCAUUUCGCGCGUUUCUCAGCUGGCAAAAUGGGAAAAACGGAAUUGAUGGCGAAAUGGAAAAAACCAUCGGCAACUCCUUAGCUCCUGAGGACCCAAGAUUGCCACGUCGAUGCGAUCUAGGACGUGAGAAGAAUUAUAGCUGCCUUCUUCACAAAGCAGUCAACAUGGUAGAGACCACGCGUAAGCCUACACAUUCCACGUUUAUUCACACAAGCCCGCGACUAAGCACGACCACGACGUCGCACGUUUGCGGUGUUUACGUAAGCCAAAACAUGCCAAGAAAUCCACCUACAAAACUACCCUAUCACUUACUCCCCUUCUUCUCCGCAGCGUUAAACCAGCACGCAAGAAUUGAUUUGCCAUCGCAUACUCAUCUUCUAGAAAACAGACUUGGCAGUGCAAAUGGUAGCAAUGGUACCAGAUUUCCCGCAUUAAAAACAGCAGUAUUUUACCCUGCAAUCUAACCAGCGUACACGUAUGUUCUUCACUACUGUGUUAGAGCUAGGCGGCACCGUUUAUUUACUAACUACACUUUUGGUGACUUGAAAAAAUUUAAAACGCAGCUCCGGAUUAUUAAUGGAUGAUACUAAAUAAAUUGGAAACUAUUUAGAAAAACGAAUAUUUUUAAUAAAGUCAACACUCGUUUUCGCAAAGUAAACGUAAAUACUUGAUGAACGAAUAGACGAUGCCAUAUAUAACUCUUUCAAAUGUGCGGCAUUUUCCGUUUCGUAACUCAGGGAUUUAUAUUGUAUGCAUAGACAAAUCCAGCCCAUGUCUGAUAUAAGUAUAGAAAACGGCUUAACAACAAGUUACCAGGUUGACUGUUCGUGAACAUUGCCACCCAUACGGAGCGUGUUUGCUUUAUGAAGCCAAUAGAUCGGUGUGCGCCCACUCCUGAUUGAAUAAGUACCCGAGGUGCUGCGACAGACAGUGACAAAUGGUAAGGCAACGAUGACCUUCAUUUCGAUGUAGUGCUUAUGACUCAUCUGGUAGACUCCAGUGGUGCACCAACUGCGCAGUGUGCGUCUGUACGCAUGUUUGUACUUCUGGUCCCAGCUGCUGGUCAAGGUUAUGAUUGGCCAAAUUAAGGCAGAAUGAGCCCGAAACAGCACCUGAAAUACCCGUAUUCUCUGCCAUCCCUGCGUGCUGAUAUACAUGUAUAUAUGCAGACAAGGGGAUACCAACAAAGACAAAGGAGACCGGAAUGACCAUUUCCGGCUUAUUUGCGCCAUCAGCCAGUCAUACCCAACCCCGAGUGUGGAUCACUUGAGAUCCGAACCCAUGAUCUUUGGUCAUUGAGUUUGACGCUCUACUAUUGAGCCACGGGCCCGUUGUCCUGUCGGUUGUGAUCGGGAAUAUCAAUUAUGACAGAUGGGCGCUCACCGAUCAGGUUACAGGACAUGUUCGUUCUGUUGUGCCUUGGGGCUCAUACUUAAACCCUCGCAGGCAGUCGCACAGCGACUAGUGAUGUAUGCAGAUAAGGUGCGACUGCCCCAAGGCACAACAGAUCGAGCAUGUUUUGUAAACUGAUCGUUAAGCGCUCAUCUGUCAUAUAUAUGUUUAAUUUGAUGCUAUUUUCCGCUUUGUUCGAACAUGCUGCUGCUUUUAGUGUUUUCGUUUUACGUCUAGUCUUUUGGUUUUAGUGGUAAGCAAGAAUGAGCACACAGCAUACAUAUGUCCCGAAAGCGCUGAUUGUCAGGCAGUGACAUACUUCACUACGCCGGGCGGAACAGCCUUUAGACGUCUGAAGGAUUGUUUGGAGGUUUGCAUGAUGGUUGAUGUUUCGACAGUGCCCUCUGCUUACGACAACAUGGCUGAGGUUUAUUAG